AUGACCACCAAAGCCAUCGCCCCCGGAUUUCUGGGCAAUCUCACCACGGACCAGGAGUCCAAAUUGCGCCAGCUCUGGGCCAUCAUCCUCAAAUUACACGAUGCUGGCUUGACCGAUGCCGCCAAUGAUGCCAACCAGAAGAGCCCGUCACCCACUCACCGACGAAACUCGUCGUUGACCCACACGGAGACGAAAAUAUCCGUCAGCACUACCUCAGCAUACACAGCAGAGUUCGCGCAGACCUUGCAAGAAGUGGGCAUCCAGGGGGCGGAACUCAAGUCCGUCCGCGAGGCCCUCAAGAAUACCAGCGUCGACGAUCUGCGUCGCAGUCUGCUUAGUACGGCACGACACGACCAUCCCGAUGCGUUGAUGCUACGGUUUCUCCGGGCCCGUAAAUGGGACGUCAACAAGGCGUUCGUCAUGAUGCUGCACGCGCUGGUCUGGCGUGUCAAGGACCAGCACGUUGACGAGAAGGUGAUCGCCAACUCAGAGCUGGAUGCGCUGAAGCAGUCGCAGAACAAGUCCGAUCCGCAGGCGGCGAAAACGGGCAGCUCGUUCCUGGCGCAGAUGCGCAUGGGCAAAUGCUACUUCCACGGGGUGGAUAAGCAGGGUCGUCCGGUGGGCGUGAUGAAAGCACGACUGCACAAGCCGGCCGACCAGAGCGAGGAAGUGAUCAAUCGGUAUAUCCUUCAUGUCAUCGAGACAGUCCGGUUGUUGCUGGUUCCGCCGGUGGAGAAUGUGACGGUCGUGUUUGAUUUGACUGGGUUUUCUCUGUCCAACAUGGAAUAUGCACCCGUCAAGUUCCUCAUCGAAUGUUUCGAGCGAAACUAUCCCGAAUCCCUAGGAACGUUGCUCAUCCAUAACGCCCCAUGGGUCUUCUCAGGCAUCUGGAGAAUUAUCAAAGCAUGGAUGGACCCAGUCAUCGUGUCCAAAAUCCACUUUACCAACUCCGUGGCGGACAUGGAGAAGUUCAUCGCACGCGACCAGAUCGUGAAGGAGCUCGGGGGUAGUGAAGAUUGGACCUAUGAAUACGUGGAGCCGGUGGAAGGUGAGAACGACGAGAUGGCCGACUCAGUCAGCCGAGACUCGCUGUUGGCUGAGCGCCAACGGAUCGGCGAUGACCUGCUUCGCACGACAGGCGAGUGGAUCAGCGUGUGCAAGACAGACAAUGAGGAAGAGAUCGCAGAGGUCAAGACGCGUCGAGCGAACGUGACAGAGGAAUUGCGCCUGAACUACUGGAAGCUGGAUCCCUAUAUACGAGGCCGCAACCAUAUGGACCGCACAGGGGUGAUCAAUGAUGGAGGGAAGAUUGACUUCUAUCCUCAACCAGAGGUCACCGAUGAGACUUUGGCGAAGACAUUAGAAGUGGAACAUGUAGAGAGGACGCAAGUGAAGGUGGUCAAUGUUUGA